UUUACCAUAAGUAAAAAUACUUCUUUGUGUGACACUGAGACGAAUAAGGAAAUGAACAUGACGCACGUCCUGGCAAAUCGAUGUUUGGCACAGAUCCACUGUAGGAGGAUGUAACUGACACGUAUAUACUAGUACAGUGAGGUUCGUCUUUAGUGUCAGCGAGCAACAUCGUCAACGUGAUAGUUAUCGCAGGGACUAACGUCAGAGAUAUGUCUGGGACGCUCGAGGAUGUUAGAUAAUGUGAUCAUGCUUCGUGACGUCAGAGGAUUCAGGCUCAAUACAUCCGGGUCCCAUUGAUUGUCAGUAAAAACCGAGCCCUAUAUAUAGGCAGCGGCUACACAAUGGCGGCUUCCGUACACUGAUUCCAAUAUGGCGGUACAUCGACUCUAAGUUACUCCAGAAUCAACCAUGGAAGUAGUGGAUCCCUCCGCCUCUAAGGAGAGCGCGAUGGCUGCCCUGGACUGGUGCGUUCAGAAGGGGAAACACGACCUCAUCCAGGCAAUACUGUCCACCCACUUCACCGACUCCAAGAUCUCAGAACUUAGAAGGGAAUGUGUACAUGUUCUGAAGCAGGCCGUUGUUUCCGGGAAAGAAGACGUUCUCGUGUCGCUGCUCAAACACGUGGAUGACGUACACAUAACGUGUGAUGAGGUCAUCACAGAAACUGCUUACGUCAACAUUAACGGGCUUCUCGGGAAAGCAGUGGAACAUGGUCACGUGACUAUCGUUGAGGCCCUGCUGGGACGGGGCGGUGAUGUGAACAGCUGGUAUCAAGGGAAACCACUCUUGCAUCUUGCUCUCAGUCUACGUCAUGACGAACUUGCAAAGUUAUUGGUCCGGUCCGGUGGUCACGUGGACAUUGUGGACCAGAGAGGGGAAACGCCACUUACCACGGCCAUUUCUCGACCUGGCGAAAAGGGAGACAUAAUCUCAUGGCUCAUGCAACGAGGUGCUGACCCUGAACGAAGAAUGCCGAGCGGAAAACAGGCUAUCCAUGUAGCCGCCGGACAGUGCCCGUCCUCCGUCAGGCUUCUGGUUGAAACCGGAUGUGACGUCAACGCUAUCCAUGACGUCACUGGUGACACCCCGCUUCACGUAGCGUGUACUCGUGCCUGCUCUGAAUCCAUUGUUCUUCUGAUCAGGAAUGGUGCUCGUUUCAAUAUUCAAAACAACAAUGGUGAAACGCCGCUUCUGAAACUGUUGAAUUACGCAACGAAUCCACACGACUUCAGUUCAAAAACUAGAAAGAAACUAGCCAGGACCCUCAUCGCUUUGGGAUUUCGUAUAGGCGAUAAAUUCUUGUCAAAACCGAGGAAUAGAGUUGGCAGAGUUAAGCCCCUUGAUGUGUAUAAGGGUCUUGUCCGAGAACAAUCGUUUGUGCCACGAUUACAGCAUUUGUGUCGGACGACCAUAAGAGACCAUAUGCAAGGGAGACAAUUCUGUGACAAUGCAUCCGGCCUCGAAAUACCGCGUCAUUUGAGAUUAUAUCUGCAAUUUAGACCAUCACUGAUUGACGAAACAGUUUCGUCGACAACGUAGCAUUGUGACAGUGUAUUACUGUUGUUAGGAAAAUCCUAUUCUGAUUUAAUAGGAAAGGUGAAAAUGAAAAUUCUUUUCAUGAUUCCUUUUCGUAACAUUCAGCUUGUCUCGGAAUGACACCAGUGACCACGAAUGACGUUUUGUUUGUACAUGUAGCCCGAAGGGAUGCCGAAGGUUCUGAUUGUUCAACAAUAACCACUCAUAUUCCUGUGAAGUUUAGAAUAUGUUUCCUAUGUACAUGACUGUGGCUGUUUGUUUGCUGGUUUGUUUGUUGAUACACACGCACUCAAGGUCUUGAAGGGGACUACAAGUACCAUGUUACCAAACUUGUCCGAACUGAAUUGUUGACAUGGUCUAUCUUUAUGAGGGCGGUUGGGUAGCCUAGUGGUUAAAGCGUUCGCUUGUCACGUCGAAGACCCGGGUUCGAUUCCCGACAAUGUCUGAAACCCAUUUCUGGUGUCCCCCGCCGCGAUAUUGCUGGAAUAUUGCUUAAAAUCGGCGUAAAACCUCACUCACUCUGUUUUGAUGAGGGUGUUUAACCGGUGUUUGUGAAUUAUUAAAGUUGGACGAACAUUCCUAAUUUCAAAAAGUC